AGAGUACUUUGUUGUUUGUAAGUGACAUAGGGAUGGGGAGGGAAAGACACAACACAGUCAGAGAGAGAGGGAGAGAGAGGGGACAUCAUGUGUACGGUAUGAAGUCAGUAAGUCCUGAGUCACCCUUUAAAACCCUGUCCAUGGAUACAUGGUGGUGACAUGUUACAGAUGACAGGGUGGUGCAUUCUGAAAAUUAUUCCUGGAUAAACUUGGAAAUACUUGGAUUGGAGGAACUCGUGCACUGCAAGACUUUUUUGGUUUAUCGCAGCUUAUUCCAUGCUUAUGGUGACAUAUUCCAUGAAUGCCAGAAUGUACAAAUAUGCAUACCAGAUGAUAGAUGCAACACAAAGUACUUGGAAUGAUUGUUUAUCUGUGCCACCUUACAGACAAAAUGACUUCGACUCAUUACUGCAUUGUUGGGCCGGGUUGAACUUUGCAGAUGAGGUUGAAGCAAAUGGUUUUAAGCGGGUGAUUAAUGACAAGAUUCAACGUAGACAACAAAGGAGACAAGAAAAAAGACGUCCUGCCCCAUCCACACCAAAUCCAGCUCCUACACCUCAGAAUGUACAGGCGCCCUCACAUGCAACCCAACAAGGCGGUCCCCAGUCAAGCGCAAACUCAAAACGCAGAGCCUCUAGCUCAAGCAAAGAUGACAAGAAAAAAGACAAGUCUGGAGGAAGAAAGAAACUCACAAAAGCUGAUAUAGGUCUGCCUUCUGGUUUCAAACAUGUCAGCCAUGUGGGAUGGGAUCCUGAAAAGGGUUUCAAUGUUGAUGAAAUGGACCCUCAAGUCAAGGGUUGGUUUAACACCAUUGGUGUGUCUGAUGAUCAGCUCAAGGAUCAGAACACUGCCAAGUUCAUCAGGAAUUUCAUUGAUCAACAUGGAGGUCUUGAUGCUCUCAAGGAAGAUGCUGAGAGAUUAGGAGAAGAAGACUUUAUACAAAGCUUGGGUGGUAAUCCUAUGGCAGCAUUAGGAGGUGGGAGAGGCAGCAGCGCACCACCUCCUCCUCCACCAUCACGAGGAAGCCAUAUACCCCCUCCACCACCCCCAUCUAGAACCCCUGGUCCACCUCUUCCAAACCGGCCUCCUGCACCACCCCCUCCAGGGAACACAAGAGGUCCACCACCUCCUGCCCCACCCCCAUCUAGAGGUUAUCCAUCUGCCCCACCCACUUCCCGUGGUCUUCCCCCUCCCCCUCCUCCACAGUCGCAAUACAAUGCUCCUCCUGCUCCACCCCCAACAAGACCCAUGACUUCUGCUCCUCCUCCCCCACCACCUCCCCCAUCGGCACCAAUGCCACCUCCAAUGAAUGGAUCAGUACCCCCUCCUCCUCCCCCUCCCCCAAGUGCUCCCAUGGGUGGUAGUGGUGGUGGUAGUGCAGGGCGUGGUGGACUCCUCGAUCAGAUACACCAGGGUACGACUCUAAAGAAAGUUGAUCCAUCAGAGAACCCUAAACCGGCACCAACUGGACGUGGUGCACUAUUAGAUCAAAUUAGAGGUGGUUACAACCUCAAGAAGGUCACACAUGUAGAGAAAGAGGAAUCUCCUGUUUCUACACCAAACACUGGAUUAGGAGCUGCUCUCUUUCAAGCACUACAACAUAGGGCUAAUGCUAUACAAGAUGAACCUGAUGGAUCUGAUAGUGAAGAGUUUGAUGAAGAUGAAUGGGAUGAGGAUUAGAAACCAACCAACUACUCUAAGGAUGAGGGUUCAACAAUGAGAGAGUGACAUUUGUCUCAUGAAGAAUUGCAAUCUGUGUAGUGAGAAUUUCACCCCAAAUGGAAAACUGUUUUGUAAGGAAAAGGGAAAAUCAAGAUUGAACAAAAUUAGUAAAAGAAUGAAAAGAAUGUUAAUCUUUACUACUUGUUAAAAAUUUUAAUCAAUAAAAUGUUUCAAAUUAGCCACAUGGUUAUUGUUUCAAAUCAGAGUGAUGGAGGGUAGGGACAAGUCUUCCAUUUACUCCAAUAUUCAGAAUGAUACAUUUACUAUGAUGAUAUAAAACAAUAUGCAGUGUAUGUUAUAUUUUGAUUUGUGCCCCAUGGAAAGAUGUGGUUAUGAAAAACAAUUCCUGAUAAUUAAGUACACAAAAAAUCACAAAUUGAUUCCUUCUGUUUUUCAAAAUAUACCAACAAAUUUGCCAAUUUGAAACAAUAGCCAAUUUUAAGCAUAACGUUUUUUCCUUGCCCGAUUUCUUUCAACAUUUCUUCAUUCUCUUUUUCUUGUUUUCUCUAUUUACACAAAUUAUUUUGUGUGAGGUCGGAUUCCAAUACAUAGAGUCAUGUUUCUCUGCUUCUCCAAAACAGUUUUGUAAAUGGUUGUGAUUAAUUCAAAUUGAUUCCAAAUGGUUUACUCAAAUUGAUUUGAAAUCUAUAUUCUAAGUUUGCAUGUGGUCACAAAAUUCUGUUUCUAUCAGUCAGAAAUACUAUUUGAAUCAAGUUCUUUAGGUACCGUGUUAAAAAGUCAGUGCUGUGUCUUUUUCCUGCAAGGAUCACGUGAGUAAAUUUUCAUUUCCAAUUCUCACAUUUCAUCAUGGGCAAAAUGAUGGGGAAUGCAGAAAGAUUGGUAUAAAAAGAUACAUAACACCUUCAGAGCUGCCAAGUAGUCCGGUUUU